UUAAUUAUUAAAAUUAGAACAUUCUUAAUUAUUAUUCAUUUCGAUAUUUGUAACUGUUGAUGGUAUAAAAUCAGCUUUAAGUAUUGCGUUUUGGAUGUUUAUUUCCGAACUUUCUGAUCGUAAUUAAAAUCGAGAGCAUUUUUCAAAAAUAUGGAAUCAAAAUGGUGGUUGGAAGGCUUAAGCUCAUAGACUAUUCAGUAAUGACAACUGAAAUAUCACUUAGGAGGUUGGUUAGACGUGCUAGGAGUAAGCAAUUGCAGAGUAAAGUAUUCAUAUCGUUGUAUGAGGAGUUGAAUGAACGGAAAGCCAUAGACGGAAAUGAAUAUGUCACUGAGUUAUUGGAAUCCACUGAGGAGUCAGGUUCAACUAGUAAUUAUCAAGUUAGAUUGGUAUUAGAUUUGGCCUUUAGUUCAUAUGAUAGGCUUGUUAACUUCUGGACUAAUUUAAGUAAGAUAUCACCAAGAUUACAGAUCACUUAUAUUUCUCAAUUACAUAAACUUUUCAAUUCAAAUAAACUACAACAACAACCAGGUUUAAAGAUCGAGAAAGAUAUCAUAAAGAGGUUUGUUAACGUUCAGUUCAAACAAUAUGUUUCACAGCUUACUUCAGAAUCAGAUAAAAAUAUCAUAUCAUUAACUAACCACGUUGUAACGUUUGCCAUUUAUAUUUUUAAGAGUGAUAAAUAUGGUGCGUUGAUUGAGGAACAAGCUACUAGUCAGUUAGUUCUGACGAUUGUUGCUUUAUUGAAAUCGUUAAAAUUGAAUCAAUUGCUCAAUUUCUUUAUUUUAAAGAUCAAAUCGGUCAUAAAUGAAACUCAAAUGAUUGAAAUUGUUUCUCAUAGUAAAGAUACUACUAAAGCCAAAGUUGAUGAAAAGCAUACAUCAUCCACAACUGCAACUACUGUUUCAACAUCAUCAACGUUUAAGAAUCUUAAUAUUUCAAGUUUAUCUCCACCUAAGCUUGAGAACUUUAGUGAUACUCAAAAAUUCAUCUGGUUUAGUAAAAUCAUGAAGACUUGGAAGUUUGAUAAUAAUGAAGCUUUCCUUAAGAGUUUUAUUAAUAAUUUUGUUCCUCAAGAUAAGAGGAAAAAUCCAUAUUUCAUCACAUCUGAAUUAAUCAAAGUAUCAUUUCGAGGAUUUGGUUAUUCUGUAUUGAAUAAUGAACCAAGAUACGUUUUAUUUAAUUGGAAGAAUUUCAUCAUUUCUCGAAUUCCUAUUAUCUUAUCACAAUUAAAAGUCAACAACAGCAAUAGUAGUAGUAAUAAUAAUAGUGAAGAGAUUGAAACUCUUGACAAGGCUAUCUUAUAUGGUUUCAAUUCUCAAAGUGAUUCCAUCAUUAAAGUGUUAACCAAUUUAAGAAUUGGAAGCAUUAAGAGUUAUGAUUUAAGACAAAUCUUCAUCAAAACCUUAAUCUUUAAUAAGCUAUUAGUUCCAUCAUCAUUCCAAACAUUCUUUCCUAUGGAAUCUAAAAUCACUCAUCAAAUGAUUGUCAAUGAAUUGAAUCAAUUUAACUUUGAAUUAAAUAUUAGACUGAAAUUUAAAGAAAAAUUGAUUAACAUAAAUGGAGAAUUCACUUCUUUGGAAGAAUCAGGGUUAUUGGCUUAUUGUAAUUCAUUACCUACUUUAUUAGAGUAUCUGUACAAACGUCAACAUGAGUUAAGUUCAGUGGUAUAUGAUAUUAUGAAAGAUUUAAUUCAAUUGAAGCAACAUGAAAAGUUAAAUCGUUUAUUGUUAUCAAUAUUUAAUAAUAUCCAAUUAUUGAAUAUCAUUGUAUUCAAUUUAGGACCUGAAAAGAUCUUGGAUUUAUUAAUUAAUUUCAUUGAUUCUGAGAAUUAUGAUGUAGGAAAUGAUGAUGAUGAAAAUUUUCAAGAAGCUUAUUCAUAUUGUGGGGUUAUAAUAUUGGGAAUAAUCUUAAUCAUUGAAACUUUUAAGAUUGAUUUAUCUUCAUUACAAAUAAAGAAUUCAUUUAUAAUCAAUUAUAUUAAUGAUUUUUAUUAUCGUCUAUGUGAUAAUUUAUCGAAUCAAUCACCUACCAUUAAGGAUAAUGAAGAAGAAGAUUCAAUCAUCAUUAUCAAUUAUAAUAAUCUAUUAACAGAUUGGGUUAAUGCAUUGUUUGAUGAUGCUAAUGAUGGAUUAUCAGAUGAAUUGAUCAAAUCAAUUGGAAUUAAACAGAUUUAUAAAUUGAUUCCUAUUGUUUAUCAACAAGCUAUAUUUGCUACUAAGUUAGGUAAGAUUGAUUUUAAUAUCUUAAAUAACGGAAUUGAUUACUUAUCUCAAGUUUUCUUAAUCCCUUGUAUUAUAAAUAUCAUUAAAUGGUUAUUAAAAGAGAUCUUAUUAGUCAAGCAUGAUAAUGAUAGUAUAUUUAUAAAAGUGUUAUCUGAAAUUAUAAGAUCAAAUUAUAAUAAAAACAACAGUAAUGCUAAUAGUGGCACCAACAACAAUAAUAGUCAUAAUAAUAGUAAUAGUCAUGAUUUAUCGACGUUAAUAUUUAAAAUCAUCAUUAAUAUUAGUGGUAGUAAUAUUCUUUUAACAUUAAAGAAAUUAAAGGAUUGGGAAUCAUCAAUAAAGAUUAAAGAAAUCAUAGGUAUUAUCACCAGUGAAUUAGAUACUAAUUAUGUUGAAAUUGAAUCAACCUUGAAUGAAGCUGGUAAGAUUCAAAACUUGAACAUUGUUGAAGAAGUUAAGAAUCAUUUAGUUAAUUUCCAACAAAAUUUCGAUACCAAUUCGAAUUCAUUAUCAUUAACUCGAAAUAAUUCAUCAUCAGCCAUUAUAACUAGUAAUGGUAAUAAUGGUGGACAUAAUCACCAUAUGUUAUCACCUCCAUUUGAUCAACAGACAUUUUUCUUUCAUAAUUAUUUGAAUAGACAUUUUAGUCAAUUGGUUAGAUUAUUGAUAUUAGAAACUCAAUCAUUUCAAAAGUCAAAUAAUGAAUCUACGAAAAUUUUCAUAAAUUUGAGUAUUUAUUUAAUCAUUAUGAAUCUGAUUAAUACAUCUGAAGAUAAGAAAUAUUGGAAGGAUCAAUUACAACAACAGCCUCAAUCAAAUGUUGAAAAAGAGAAUAAGAUUAAGAAACAAAUCAAAUUUGAUCAACAGUUUAAUUCAAGUAUGGAAAAUCAUUAUUCUAGUAUUUUCAAUGAUUCAAAUAGUAAUGAUUCCAACAAUGAUCAAUCGAAUGAUCAAGUCAAGAAGGAAGAAGAUCAACCAAUGGAUGUGAUUGAUGAUUUUUCAUCGAUGUUGAAAGAUGUGGAUGAGGAUGAUUUAAUGUUGGGAGAAGAAGAUGAUUUGUUUAAUGAUAAAGGGCUCAUGAAUAAUUUAGAUGGAUUAGUUCAGUCUAAUGGAAUUGAGAAUGUUACUGUUAGUACUAGUAAAGUACUUGAUGAGUUCAAUGCUAAGAUUAAUCAUCAUAAUAAUUUGUUAAGACAAUUCAAUCUUAUUAGAUUAAGAGAGAAGCCUGAAAGUCCAUUGAGUAGAACUUUGAGUAUCUUGAAUGAUAAAUUCAUUGAAGAAAUUGAUGCGUUCUAUAUAUGAUGUAUGUGUAUAUGAACUUAUAUAUAAGAUGAAUAAAUAAAUGCUAUAACUA